AAGCGCAUGCGCACAGCAUUCACCAGCACCCAACUCCUGGAACUAGAGCGCGCGUUCAGCAGCAACAUGUACCUGUCUCGUCUGCGGCGGAUCGAAAUCGCUACGUGCCUCAACCUGUCCGAAAAACAGGUGAAAAUAUGGUUUCAGAACAGGAGGGUCAAGCAGAAGAAGGAA